GUGAGAGAAAGAUUUGAUUUUUGGGAAAGAGACUUUAUAUUGGAGAGAGAAAGUGAAACACCCACACACAGCACACAUACUUACAUUUUGGACAGAUAGAUCGAAAACGGACAACCUUACAUGUUACAGCGUAUAUAUCGUUUUAGCUCCCACCUCGGAUAACCCCCCCCCCCCCGGUUUCCUUCCCCUUCCUCUUCUCCCAGCAAUUUCCGACGAAAACGGUGCCGUUUAUGGAGGACUGUGGUCUGUUGCCGGCAGAUUCCGAAGAGGUUCAUGUCUUGGCCGUCGAUGACAGCCUCGUCGAUCGGAAAGUCAUCGAGCGCUUGCUCAGGAUUUCAGCUUGUAAAGUUACUGCCGUGGACAGCGGAAUGAGAGCUCUGCAAUUCCUUGGACUCGACAGCCAGAAAUCCGCCUCCGAAUCAGACGGCUUUGAUCAGGGCUUAAAGGUAGAUCUAAUCAUCACCGACUAUUGCAUGCCCGGAAUGACCGGCUACGAAUUACUCAAGAAAAUCAAGGAGUCGUCCACUUUCAGAGAAAUUCCGGUGGUGAUUAUGUCCUCUGAAAACGUCCUGCCGCGCAUAGACAGGUGUUUGGAAGAAGGAGCAGAGGAUUUCAUAGUGAAGCCGGUGAAGUUAUCAGACGUGAAGCGGUUAAGGGAUUACAUGACGACAAGAGAAGUUAAGGCGGGAAUUCAGGACAGAGAAGGCGGCGUCAGGUUCACCAAAAGAAAGCUGACAGAAUCCUCUGAUCUGGAUUCAUCGCCGCCGUCCGUUACCUCCUCCUCCGCUCUGUCGUCGCCGCCAUCUUCACCGUCGGAUUCGCCUUCGCCUUCCCCGUCGUCGUCCCCUUCCCCUUCCCCGCACGAUUCUCCAAUCGAUUGACUAGUAAUAAUAAUGACGAUGAUGAUGAUAUCGUUUACGUUUGGUUUAUGCUCCUUCUCCCCGGUGGACAUUCCUGCAGUAUUUACAUUUGUAAUUUUCUUUUCUUUAUGUUUAUUGGAUGUAAUGCUGUUUUUCUCCUCACAGGAUUCAAACUUGAAACUGCAAUUACCCGUUAUUUCUAACGGUUUUUGUUGCAUUA